GGCACGUAAGCUUUUAGCUUUCUUUAUCCAAUUCUAACACUUACCAACAACUGGGUGCAUGUUUUGCUUCUUCAUCCACACAACACAAGGCUCCAUACAAAUAUAUCAUCGUUUUUUGUGUGUUGUACUGUUUCUUCGUUAUUUUACAACAUUAAUCAAUAAUCCUCAGACAUCUAAGGGAUUAGUAUUUCAUUUUGAGUCAACACUUAGAAGAUGACUAUCACCAAGGUCUACAUUGUGUAUUACUCAUUGUAUGGACAUGUGAACACUAUGGCAAGAGAAGUACACAAGGGGGCAGCUUCGAUUGAAGGUGUUGAAGCAACACUUUGGAGGGUACCUGAAAUUCUUUCGGAUCGAAUAUUGGAAAAGAUGAAGGCACCUCCUAAACCAGAUGAUGUAGCUGACAUUAAGCCGGAACAACUUGUGGAGGCUGAUGCUUUGAUAUUUGGUUUUCCUUCACGUUUUGGUAUGAUGCCUAGCCAGCUCAAGGCAUUCUUUGACGCUACUGGAGAGUUGUGGGCGUCUCAAGCACUCGCAGGCAAACCUGCUGGAAUCUUUUGGAGUACUGGAUUUAACGGGGGAGGCCAGGAACUCUCAGCAUGGACAGCUAUAACUCAGUUAGCUCAUCAUGGUAUGCUUUAUGUUCCCCUUGGAUACACCUUUGGAAGUGGCAUGUUUGAGAUGGAUGAGGUAAAAGGAGGCUCGGCGUAUGGCGCUGGAACUUUCGCUGGAGAUGGAACUCGUCAACCUACGGAGCUAGAGCUUCAGCAGGCCUUUUACCAGGGUAAAUACAUUGCUGAAAUUGCAAAAAAGUUGAAAAGUUAACCUUUCUGCAUGGCAAAUACUUGUAAAGAUGCAACAAACUUCUACAUCAAUAAAAUUCUUGUUCUUAACUCACUA